UCAACAAAGAAAAAAAGUACCGAAAACAAAAAUAAAAUAAAGUCAAAAGCUCUCCGGUUCUCAUUUUUUAUUAUUGUAUAUCUAACCUUGGUAUAUAAUCACCAUCCAUCUUCAUUCUUCUUAUAUUUUCUCAUCUUCACAAUCUUAAUAACUUGAAAAAAGUAGAAACUAGAAAAUGAUGGGAAAAAGAAUAGCUUCCUUCAAGAACUUAGCCAAGAAAAUGAAGAGCAUCAACACGAGAGAAGGCGGCUCUGAGUCAACUCAUAACGAGUCUCUUCUGAUCAGUGAGGCGGACGUAGCGGCGACUAAGACGCCUACGGGAACGUUUGCCGUGUACGUAGGGGAAGAACGCGUGAGGCGCGUGGUGCCGACAAGCUAUUUGAACCACCCUUUGUUCAGGAUGCUCCUAGACAAGUCACGCGACGAGUUCCACUCUUUGAAUCAAAAGGUUAUGUUGGUCGUCCCCUGUAGCCUCUCCGUUUUCCAAGAUGUCGUUAACGCCAUCGAGUCUUGUAAUGGUAACUUCGAGUUCGGCGAUUUUGUGGAGGAGUUUCUUUGACUUGAUUUUUCUUCUUAUCGUUUUGAUAAAAAAAAUAAGUGUUGUAGUAGUGAUUAACACCCCUUUGUUGCGUGGUGUGAAUCUUUUUUUUUCCUUUGAGGAAUUUGUAUUUGGCACUCUAAAAAUUGGUAUCCAAUGCAUAUGCGUCCGCUUAUACAACAGUUACUCAUAAUUCAAACGAUGUUUCAAA